AUGGCAACCCUGGACAAAGAAGCCAAUAGAGAUAACCAUGAAGUGGCAGAUCUGAAAAGAUCUGAACUCCUUGAGAUCGAUGCCACCCGCGAUCUCACCGUCGAAGAGCACAACCUUGGCUUCCGUGAGGCCGUUCGCCAGUAUCCAUGGGCCGUCUUCUGGGCUCUCUUCUUCGGAAUUGCCGUUAUAAUGGCUGGCUUUGAUGCCCAGAUCAUCACUUCUUUCUACGCCCUGCCCGCAUUUCAAACAAAAUAUGGUGAGCGGGUUGAUGGCGGCGAUGGCUAUGAGAUUUCUGCGCCGUGGCAGACAGCUCUGGGAAUGGGUAAUCCGAUCGGUCAGGUUCUUGGAGCACUGGCCAGUGGUUAUCCCCUCGAGAUGUUUGGUCGAAAGAAGACAUUAGCUUUCUGCUGCGUCUGGUCCAUUGCCUUGGUCUUUGUGCAGUUCUUCUCUACAAGCAUCGGCAUGCUCUGUGCGGGCGAGAUUCUCGGCGGCUUGGCUUAUGGAUUCUACGUCGUCAUUGCACCAACGUAUGCCUCAGAAGUGUGCCCACUGGCACUGAGAGGUUUCCUCACCACAUCGAUAAACAUGGCGUUUGUGAUUGGCCAAUUCAUUGCCCAAGGUUGCGCAGCUGGUGUAGAGACCCGUAUGGACGAGUGGGCGUACAAGAUCCCUUUUGCGAUACAAUGGGUCUGGCCAACGAUCCUUCUCGCCGGUCUACCCUUCGCCCCUGAAAGUCCGUACUGGCUGGUCCGCAAAGGCCGACGUGAGGCAGCACGUGCCGCGCUCGUGGGACUAUCCUCAUCCACCAACAGACCCGAUAUUGACAAGGCUCUUGUUGGAAUCGAACAGACAGAUCUCCUGGAGCAAGAAAUCGAGUCGUCCACGUCAUGGUUGGAGUGUUUCAAGAGUGCGAAUUUGGUUCGCACUGAGAUCUCAGUUAUGGUCUACCUGAUUCAAGUCAUUGGUGGUAAUCCCCUUAUUGGAUAUGCAACAUACUUCUUCCAAAAGGCCGGCCUGAAUCCCUCUGAUUCUUUCAACAUGGGUGUUGGUAACACCGCUCUGGGCUUUACCGGUACGGUUCUCUCGUGGUUUCUACUGAACUGGUUCAAACUUGGUCGACGCACGAUCUAUAAUGCGGGCAUGAUGGUCAUGACGACUCUCCUAUUCAUCAUCGGCUUCCUCAGCAUCUCAAGCACCACUGGUGCCAUAUGGGCUACAGCCACGCUGAUGGAUAUCUGGACCUUCGUAUACCAAAUGACGGUCGGCCCCAUCUGUUUUGUUAUCAUUUCCGAGAUCUCAGCUACCCGUCUUAGAGAAAAGACCAUUGCUGUGGCUACAGCAGUGCAGGCUGCCGCCUCCGUUGUGUUCACAAUCGUCAUGCCUUUAAUGCUCAAUACUGAUGAGGCCAAUUGGGGUAGUAAGACGGCUUUCCUCUUUGGUGGAAUAAGUCUUGUAUGUCUUGUCUGGUGCUAUUUCCGGCUUCCCGAGAGUCAAGGUCGUACAUUUGAGGAGCUGGAUAUCCUUUUCCAGAGGCGCGUUCCUGCGAGACAGUUCAAGAAGUUCGAUCUACUGAACGGAGUGGAAGUUGUUGUGGGUAGGGAGGGAUAG